AUGUCUAACAACACAACAUUAUACGAAGCUGACAUUUCCGUUUACACGGCAACGCCGUUUAUUUACGUUUCGGCGUUAGUCUUUGGGAUUAUAGGCGGUCUCGGUAAUAUGAUGGUUAUUUUAGUUGUGCUGACGACGGAAAAAAUGAGAACUCUCACGAAUUUCAUGAUUUUGAAUCUCGCCGUGGCAGAUUUUUUUACUUCGGUUUUACUCAUCGGAAACAUGUUCGUGAUUCAAGCAUUUUCUUUACGUAUUCCGGCUGAUUUAGCCGGGGAAAUCUACUGCAGUCUGUAUAACAGUGCUGUGUUCUUUUGGGUUAGUAUCAAGGCAUCCACGUAUAACUUGGUAAUAAUGACAUUUGAGACAUACGUUGCUGUGGUCCACCCUCUUCUGUACCCCAGAUACAGAACAAAGCGGAAUAUCGUCGCCUCAGUCAUAGUAAGUUGGCUGUUAGGAUUUAUCUUGGAGGUUGGUCUUGUAGGAUUUCACGGAAAUGAUAAGACGGGGUGCUACAAAUUCCGAUACCCGACUCGACAAUUGUCUUGGGACAAUAUUAGGGUGUUUGCACUUCAUUGUUUCUUACUUUAUCCCCAUGAGUUUUCUCAUCUGCGCGUGUUAUAA